GCUGCAGGCGGACACAGCCAGGCCCGUGGCCGCGCGGGCCCCGCGGGCAGCCGCCCCCCCCCACCCCCCAGCCGCGUGGGACAGCCCCGGGGACCCGCCGCGGGCGGCCGCUGCCCUGCCAUGUUCAGCCGGAGCUCCCAGAAAAGGCUGUCCGGCCGCUCGGUGAGUGUCCCCCGCCCGGGCGGGGCGGGCGUGCGGGGGGCCCUGGGCCCGGUGUCCCCGCGCCCCUCGGCCUCGCACCUGUGGCCCCAGUUGACCGGACUGGGGCGGAUAGAGAGAGGCCAGCCCUGCAGCGCCUGCGGUGACCAGUGCCCCGGGUUUGCCUUGCACAAAUGGAGGAAGAUCUGUCUGCACUGCAAGUGCCCGCAGGAGGAGCACAUGGUGACGGUGAUGCCCCUGGAGAUGGAGAAGACCGUCAGCAAACUCAUGUUCGACUUCCAGAGGAACUCCACCUCGGACGACGACUCGGGCUGUGCCCUGGAGGAGUACGCCUGGGUCCCCCCCGGGCUGAAGCCCGAACAGGUUCACCAGUACUACAGCUGUCUCCCCGAGGAGAAGGUUCCGUAUGUCAACAGUCCCGGGGAGAAGCUGCGGAUCAAGCAGCUACUGCACCAGCUGCCGCCGCAUGACAAUGAGGUCCGAUACUGCAACUCCCUGGACGAGGAGGAGAAGCGGGAGCUGAAGCUCUUCAGCAACCAGAGGAAGCGCGAGAACUUGGGCCGAGGGAAUGUCAGGCCCUUCCCGGUCACCAUGACGGGAGCCAUUUGUGAACAGUGCGGGGGCCAGAUUAACGGCGGGGACAUCGCUGUGUUCGCGUCGCGCGCCGGCCACGGGGUGUGCUGGCACCCGCCCUGCUUCAUCUGCACCGUCUGCAGCGAGCUGCUGGUGGACCUGAUCUACUUCUACCAGGACGGCAAGAUCUACUGCGGCCGGCACCACGCCGAGUGCCUGAAGCCACGCUGCGCCGCCUGCGACGAGAUCAUCUUUGCCGACGAGUGCACCGAAGCCGAGGGGCGGCACUGGCACAUGAAACACUUCUGCUGCUUCGAGUGCGAGACCGUGCUGGGCGGCCAGCGCUACAUCAUGAAGGAGGGAAGGCCCUACUGUUGCCACUGCUUCGAGUCCUUGUAUGCAGAAUACUGCGACACCUGCGCCCAACACAUAGGGAUCGACCAGGGCCAGAUGACCUACGACGGCCAGCACUGGCACGCCACCGAGACCUGCUUCUGCUGCGCUCACUGCAAGAAGUCCCUCCUGGGGCGGCCCUUCCUCCCCAAGCAGGGCCAGAUAUUCUGCUCGCGGGCCUGCAGCGCCGGGGAGGACCCCAACGGCUCGGACUCCUCCGACUCGGCCUUCCAGAACGCCAGGGCCAAGGAGUCCCGGCGCAGCGCCAAGAUCGGCAAGAACAAGGGCAAGACGGAGGAGCCGGUGCUGAGCCCGCACGGCCAGCUGCAGGUGAGCGCCAACCGGCUGUCCGCCGACGUGGACCCCCUGUCGCUGCAGAUGGACCUGCUCAGCCUGGCCGGCCAGACGCCCAGCCUGAACCGGGACCCCAUCUGGAGGAGCCGGGACGAGCCCUUCCACUACGGGAACCAGCUGGAGCAGAGCCAGCCGCCCAGCCCGCUGCAGCUGCUCAGCCAGUGCAACAUCAGGACUUCCUACAGCCCCGCGGCCCAGGCGGGCGCCGCGCCCGACCUGUGGGCCCCGCACUUCAGCAACCCCAAGCGGAGCUCGUCCAUGGCGCUGAAGGGCCACGGCGGCAGCUUCAUCCAGGAGUGCCGGGAGGACUACUACCCGGGGCGGCUGCGCUCCCAGGAGAGCUAUAGCGACAUGUCCAGCCAGAGCUUCGGGGAAGCCCGGGGCAGCAUCCAGGUCCCCAAGUACGAGGAGGACGAGGAGGAGGAGGAAGGGGGCAUGCCCGCCCAGCAGUGCCGGACCCGCCGUCCGCUCAGCUCCCUGAAGUACACCGAGGACAUGACGCCCACGGAGCAGACCCCUCGGGGCUCCAUGGAAUCCCUGGCGCUGUCUAACACCACAGGCCUCUCCGCGGACGGCGGCGCCAAGCGCCAGGAGCACCUGUCUCGGUUCUCCAUGCCCGACCUCAGCAAGGACUCGGGCAUGAACGUGUCGGAGAAGCUGAGCACCCUGGGCACGCUCAACUCGUCCGUGCAGUUCCGCAGCGCCGAGUCGGUGCGCAGCCUGCUGUCGGCGCAGCAGUACCAGGACAUGGAGGGCGGCCUGCGCCAGCUCGGCGCCCCGCUGGGCUACCGGGACCGGCAGGCCCGCGGCGGCCGGAUGCACCAGAGCUUCGACUUCGACCCCGGCGCGGGGGCGGGCAGCCAGAUGCCGGGGCCCGACGGCGGCGCCAGGAUCCAGCCCAUGAGCGAGCGCACGCGGCGGCGCAGCGUGUCCCGCGACGACCCCCGCCACUUCCGGCCGCACCACCGGUCGCGCCGCUCGCGCCGCUCGCGCUCCGACAACGCGCUGCACCUGGCGGGCGAGCGGGAGGCGGCGGCCCGCCUGCAGGAGCGGCCCCCGCUGCUCCGGGGCGGCCGCGAGGACUACGACCAGUUCCUGCGCCAGCGCAGCUUCCAGGAGAGCCUGGGCCGGGGCUCCCGCCGGGACCUGUAUGGCCAGUGCCCGCGGACCGUGUCGGACCUGGCCCUGCAGAACGCCUUCGGGGAGCGCUGGGGGCCCUACUUGGCCGAGUACGACUGGUGCUCCACCUGCUCCUCCUCCUCGGAGUCUGACAAUGAGGGCUACUUCCUGGGGGAGCCCAUCCCGCAGCCCGCCCGCCUGCGCUACGUGACCAGCGACGAGCUGCUGCACAAGUACAGCUCCUACGGCCUCCCCAAGGCGUCCACGCUGGGCGGCCGGGGGCAGCUGCACAGCAGGAAGCGGCAGAAGAGCAAGAACUGCAUCAUUUCCUAAUCUGAUGGGGCAGGGAAGGUGGGAGCUAAGAAUGUAAAUUCAGAAACUUGCACUGUUUUUUGUUUUUUUCUUUCUUGGAAAGCGCUUUUUGGGUGGUUGCUGGGGGGAGAAGAAGGGGCGUGCUCUCCGCGGAGGAAGGCAAGAUCGCAGGUGGACUCGGUCGGUAGACACAGUUCUCGGCAUGUGGACUAUUAUGAUUUGCACAUUUCACUUUGGAAACGCGAUGGACUGCGCGGCGGAAUCUAGUCCGGGACUAGCCCGGAAUCUAGUCCGGUCGGUCGCCUCGGUGUGUGCAGUUGCCACUCCUGAGAUGGCAGGUUGCUUCCUGCUCGCUUGUAAUUCCUCCUCUCUGGUUCUCUUCCUUUUAGGACCCUUUUUUCCCCCCAGUAAGUAAUUUGUUUAUUUAGCCAGGACCCCAAGACUAAGUUAUUUACAUGUCCAUUGUAAAUGCGAUGUAAAUGAGAGUUCUGAUAAAAUAUUUUUGUAUUUUGUAAUAUCAAAGGAAUUUCUAUAUGGUUAGACUCAGUGAAACCCGCAUGCCAUCCGCAUCGUCUUUGUGUAGUAUUCCGAGUGGCCAGGACCACCACCUUUUUUCCAUUUUUCUAUUACAAACUUGUUACAUGUCAGUGAGACUUUUUUCAAAGGAGUUUAUUCCAUUUGGCUUUUUGUGGCGAAAAAAACACACAACACAGUUAUUCUAUCCAAAGCAUUUUACGCUCUAGUUCGUCUUAAGUAGCCAUCCUUAAGUCCACUCCCACCCUCAGUAGAAUGUAUUCUCUACGAAGUGGUAGUCAUUUUUUAAAUAGCGAACAUAACCUUUGCCCGUUAGAGAAACCAAUCAGUGUCAGUCAAGUUCCUCGAGACACGCCAUCCCUGCCGGGAACCUUGGAGCUGCUCACGAUUGAUCUCUUUCUUGGGGAAAUACAGUGACUGUGAGUGGUGCCGUUGUGUGCCGUCAGCAUGAUGUUGUUCUGAAUGUGGCAUUAUUUUCUGGUGCUCAUGUUUCCCGGAUUGUACUAUCCGCUUUCCUUAGCCAAGGCAGCUGCCUUAGCCUAACAACCAGUUGUCCUCAUUGCAAAUGAACUUGGGCCUUAGGACUUAGGGGCAGAUGGGUUCUGACGGGGCUCUGGGAGAGACAGCGUGUCCUAGAUGGUGCGUCAUGCGUGGAGAAGGCAUGAGGUGGUCAGAGAGCAGGGCGAGGGUAGAACUGACGGGGGAUAGGAAGGAAGGGCCAAGGCCAAGAAGAGCUUCUGGAAAUGAAGUAGAGGAACGGGGACGGCCAGCUUGACUGAGGAAAUCAUUCCGCUAACACCCUCCCUGCCCAGAGUGUCUGGGUCAGGUCAGGAGGCGUCAGCGGAAAUGCCUUGAAAAGCAGACGUGGUUGAAAGGAGGAUUUCCAUUGUGAACGUAAGGGGAUGGUUGGUCAGACUGAAAAAUGGGCUCAAAAGUGAAUUUGCUUCAAGAAGACAAAUUUAACGGUUGUGUUGUUUAUAGUAAAAUAAAGCUCCCUACCUUGCUUCAGUUCAAAAUGAAGCGCUUGCUUUUCCCCCCAUUCUCCUCCUCCCCUUAACGGAUUGUGGCGGUGGAACUAACCCGUCGCAGGACCCACCUUUAGUGAGACGUUCUGUCCAUGUGCUACCCGGUCUAUCUCAGUGGCCUCUGCCGUGGUGAGGUGCGCGUGAUCUCUUUUCAAUGCGGUAGUUACUAUUUUCUAGUAUUUUUUACGGAGAGAAUGUGAAAUGUGGCUUUUCAGACCCCACGCCAGGUGGGUCUGGGGAAAGGAAAGCUGUACGGGCUGUCCAAAUGGCGCUCCAUUCAGGAUGUAUUAAAGUAAUUUGCUUUUCAGGUAUUACUAUGACAUUUGUCAUUGUCACUGAUUUUUUUAAAAAAGCAAUACAAGUGUUGGUUGUGGCUGUUUUCCGCAUGCUAUCUUCAUAUCUAAAUGCUUCCUUAAGUAUCCGAGCCUCCGGAGAAUUACUCUUAUUACGUCUGUAUAGUAAGUCUGUAAACUGCUUGGCAAACUGAUUUUAAGAAAUAAUGUGCCAAAUCACAUGACUAACGUGGCAGGUUUCUGGUAGAAAUUGGGCAAGUCCCAUUUGGAUUUUCGAGUUCCUUGAUUGAUGAGAACAAAAAGGGAUUUUGGA